AUGGGAAACCCACAUUACGAUUUUUUAAUAACGAUUAACAAACCACUAGUUCUACUUAUCGGUGACUCCGGCGUCGGAAAGUCUUGCUUGUUACUGCGUUUCUGUGACGAUGCCUGGACACCAUCAUUUAUCACUACAAUCGGAAUCGACUUCAAAAUUCGUACUAUCGAACUCGAUGGCAAGAGAAUAAAGCUACAAAUCGCUGGUCAAGAAAGAUUCAGAACAAUCACUACCGCUUACUACAGAGGCGCGAUGGGUAUUCUCUUAGUCUACGACGUCACGGAUGAGCGCAGUUUCAACAAUAUCAGAACAUGGCACUCAAACGUCGUUCAAUACGCUUCUGAAGGCGUAAACAAAAUCUUAGUCGGUAACAAAUGCGACUGGGAUGAAAAGCGUGCUAUUACUCAGGACCAAGGAAAGGAAUUAGCAGAUAGCUUAGAAAUCAAGUUCAUUGAAACCUCCGCUAAGAACAACGUAGGCGUUGAAGACGCUUUCUUCACUUUGGCCCGCGAUAUCAAGUCUAGAUUAAUCGACUCUCAAUCCUCAGGUUCAAACAACCAAUCAAACAGCGUAAAAGUUGACGCUAGUCAACAACAACCUAGCACCUCUGGUGGAUGUUGCUAA